ACACGUGUGGAGUGCGGUCGCCGCACAUUUGUAUUGUUUUUCGUUAAAACUGUGAAUUUACUUAAAAUAAAGAAAAAGGAAAGCGCAAUACCAAGAUGAGUACCGCGUUGGCCCAACAGCUGCAGAAAUUGGCGGCUCCGCAGUCGUCCAUCACGCUAGCGGAUGCCCGGAGUCGCGCUUCCGUGCUCUUCAAUCCCAAGGAGGCAGCCACCAAGGACCGGCGCACCAUCUACGAUAUCGGGCUAGUGGGGCUGCAGGAGCUGACCGACUUCAACCCGGCCUUCAAGGAGUUCCAGUUGACGCUGUUCGACGAGGCCACCCUGACGCUGGAGCGAUCCGUGGAGCUGCCGGAGGUGAACAAGCUGCUCGACGCGGCCAUUGGCAAGUUCCUGCGCCUGCUGUCCCCGUAUCUCCUGCUGCGCCCCGCCCACAUGGCCUUCGAGUGGCUGCUGCGCCGGUUCCAGGUGCACGAGUUCAACCGCAACGAGGUGAUGGCCCUGAUCCUGCCCUACCACGAGACCAUGAUCUUCGUCCAGAUCCUGCAGACCAUGCGACUGCGUCCGGCAGAUGCCGACUGGUUCUGGCUGCGCCCACUGCAGCGCCCUGGCGUCCCGCUGGCCAAGACGGCCAUCGUCAACAGGGCCGCCAGCAACCCCGCCUUUCUGGGCUUCAUCUGCCAGAGCACCCAGAAGGCGGUCAAGGAACUGGGUCCGCGUGCCCACCAACUGCAGGCCCAGAUCAACUUCUACGCCACCGUCGUCGUGGGCGCCCUGCAGACGGCGAGGCCGCUGCAGGACUGGCACAUCACCAGCAUCCUGGAGUCGCUGCUCCGCGGCCUGGUGUCGGACACCAUCGAUUUCAUGGCCGCCGCCUAUGUGAUCGUCGCCCAGCUGGUUUCCCGCACCAAGCUGAAGAGCAAGGUGUGCAACGCCCUGCUGGAGCGCGUGGCCAACUGUCCGUUCGAGCGUCUGCACAGCGAGUCCUUGCUGCUGCUCGUCUGCAUCUAUGGCAAGCAGCAGGCCGCUCUGCCGCACUUCAAGCACGAGACCGUCCUCAAUCUGGUCGGCCAGAAGUGGCUUAUUGCGGCGCUGGCUUCCCUGGCCAAGGGCAACAUCGCCAUCCAGUCCAUCUGCAUGCCACUCAUGACGGGCGCCGUGGCUGCCAUUCGGGAGGAGGACGUCGCCUCCAGCUCGUGCAAAUUGUUUUUGGACAACCUGAUCUCGGAUGUGCCAAUGGCCAAGCCGACUGCCCAGCAAAUGAUCAAUUGUUUUCUGGAUACUUUUGUGGAGACCGAGAACGAAGUACCUGAGCCAAUGGACACAACCACAGACGACAACGACGAUACCAUCGUUAUUGAUUCGGAUGAUGAGGCAGAGGUGGAAAAGACCAGUUUUCAGACCUGGUAUAGCACUUACCUGGAAAAGCUGGAGAGGCGUUAUCCGGAAGCCUUCGACAUGAGCGUUAAGGAGGCCUUGAGGGCCAAAUCCACCACAAGCAAUCGUCAAAAGGCCUUGAAAUUGGCCCUAGGUUUCCGUCUCAACACCUCGGAUGAAAAGGCGAAGCACGCCUACGAAAGGCUCUACCACUACAGCGCAGAUUGGCGACUGGGCGCUGUUCAGCAGCUGCUCCAAAACCUCAAGUUGGAAAAGAAGCGGGAGCGAAGCGUGAAGUUGCUGCAGGAGUGUCUGCCCGAUAGGAUCAACGAUGACAGUGGUGCUGUGGUGUCGGCUGUCCUCUCGCUGUCCACCGAGGAGCUGGCCGAGAUGUUGGGUCCUCUUGCCUUGGCCCAAACCCUGUGCCGCCUGCUAAGUCGCGCUCAGACCAAAAAGGAGCUCGAGUGGAAUUCCGUGGUUCCGCUGGCCGUUCGUCACUUAACCUCGACCCCAGUGAGCGACGCGUAUGACAAGAAUCUAGUGCUAUUGGCGCUGAUGCCGCUGCUCUUCCCCAGCGAAGCGCUGGCGGAGCACGAGCACGAGGCUCUGCUGAUUCUGCUCGGCAGUGACUUUGCUGGCAAAGUUCCCUUCCUGGCCGAACUGAAAGUGAGCAGCGAUUUCGACGCUUUCAAGGCUAACGAGCAUCGUCAGCACUUCCUGGACGUAAUCGCGAGCAGCAGUGAGGAGCUGAUCAGUCAGGAGAGGGCGCUGCUGCAGAGCGUUCAGGAUCACGGCGGUGAGGCCUACAUACAGGAAGCCUCCCAGCUGACACACCUGCUGUUGCUGUUGACCGCCUACGCGAAGCGGGAGUUGCGGCCGGAUGAGAGCCUGCACAUGCUGGAGAAAAUAGAGCUUUACAGUCGGCGAGUUCAGUUCCGUGUGGUCAGGGGCAAGCCGAGUUCGCAAACUUUUGUCCCUCUCCAACUGUAUGUAGACUUCCUCUUGACUUUGGUCAAGAACACGAAGUGGACGUCUCUGGCUGCAACGCCCUGGAAUCAGUUGACAGAUGAACUUCGUCUAUGCCUGCGUCUGCUGGAGAUACUGUGCGCCCAAUUCUUCUCGGAUCGGGCAGAUCUGCCAGAGCGUCAGGAAUGGACUCGAGCCCUGCAGCAGAGCCUGCGGCUGAUUCUGCCCGAGGCGCAGGACAGACUGGAGCUGCUGACCAACUUCUACGUCUUCGAGAGCCUGCCGGAAAUGUGGCCACGCGACUCGGACUAUGCUGUGUUCCGCUUGCAUGGCUUUCUGCUGCUGGAGGCGGUGCUCUCCAACCCGAAGUCCCAGCUGAACUGCAGCCUGGUUCACGUGCUGCGUGUGGCCAACGCCUGUAGAUCGCCACUGCAAACCCUGCGAGUGCAGGCCAUCAACGCGCUGCAGUUGAUGGGCAGUCGCAAACUGGUGUCCCAUGUGGAGCAGCUGGUGCAUUCGCUGCUGCAGCGCAAGAGCGAGUUGAGCAUGGAUCACGAGCAGUACGCCCUGAUACUGUACACCAUUCUGGAGCCCGAGAAGGCCACCGUCAAGGAGAAGAUGGUGCUGUCCAAGCUGAGAAGGUCUAUCCUAGCAUUGGUCUGCGAUCUCAGCCAGCCAGCCAUUUGCACAGCAGCUCUGCUGGCGACCCUCAAGCAUGUGAACGAUGAGCACUUCCUGACGGAACUGUUGCCACUGGGACUCGACUCCCUCACGAAGAUCACUGCGGGCGAUGGUAGCCAGCACUUGAAACAGCUGCCCUGGCCGCACAGCGAAAUCUACAAGUCGGUGGUGGAAAAGUUCGAGGGACGUGUGGGCCUGAACGUUCUGCUCCGCAAGGAUCUGGCUUGGAAGCUGUUCGAGGAGAGUUUCGCCCAGCACGACGCCUACGUCCAGCUGGAGCAAAAGCUCCAGCCCCUGCCCUGCAUCCUGCUGAACAGUCUCACCCCGGAGACCUACGACCAAAUGCAGGCCAAGCACAAGGUGGCGCUGAUCAAGCUGAUCGUGUCGGCGGCCACUAAUUCGGACAACGACAGCAUCUUCCUGGCCAGUCACCGACUGCUAAAGCGUUGCCGUCUGGAAUGCCAGCCCCUGGUGCCGAUGCUGGCCGAGAUGGCCAGCACUGUGGUGCAGAAGCAGCGUCCACAGACUGCCGCCUCCAAGCGACGCACGGCAGCGGCCACCCAACUGGACCUGACCAGCGCCUCCUGGAAGCAGGGCAUGACUCUGCUCGAGCUGAUGGAGCACAAGAAGCAGCUGGUUGGAGCAGAGCUGCUGAUUCCGAAGCUCUUCGAACUGCUGCAAUCGUGCCUGACGCUGGAGGAGCACAGUGCCGCCGAGUAUCCCAAGCAGCUGAUCCUGGCCAACCUGCUGCACUGCUGCCAAACGGCCCAGGCGGCUGGCGUGCAGCUGGUCAAGGCACUGCCCGAGUCCAGCUUCCGCAUCGAACUGGUGGUGCAGUGCCUGCGGAAUACGCGCAAUCCGCAGACCCAGCAGCACGCCCUGCUCUUCCUGACCCACUGUGCCGGCCUGUAUCCGCAGCAGGUGCUGCUCAAGAUCGUCGAGAUCUUCACGUUUGUGGGCUCCACGGUGGCGCGACACGACGACGCCUUCAGCCUGCACAUUAUCCACAAUGUGGUGGAGUCGAUCAUUCCCAUUCUGUUGCUGAAGACCGGACACCGGGAGCUGGUUAUACCCGUGCUCAAGGUGUUUGCCGACAUCUGCGCCGACGUGCCGGUGCACAGGCGUUUGCCGCUCUACGCCACCCUCUUCCGCGUCCUCGAGCCCAAGGAGCACCUCUGGCAGUUCCUCUGCAUUGUGUUCGAGUCGCAAGUGCUCCUGGAGCAAGGCCCCCAAAAGGUAUCCUCAGACAAGUCGCGUCUGGACUUUGCCCGCGAACUAACACUGAUGUUCGAGGACCCAGCGGUGGGCCUGCAGACGUGCAUCCGGCUGCUGGAGUACCUGGCCACGUUGCCGGCCAACAAGAGCGGUCAUUCGGGGGUCGGCACCACCGGCUCGUCGGUGCUGUCAACGGAAAAGCAGCUCUUCGAUGUGCGGACCCGAACGUUCAAGCAGCUGCGUCACUACAAGUACCUCAUCAUGGACUUCUUGUCGGGCAUCAGCAGCUGCAACGAGUGGCAGGCCAAGAUGAAGCGUCCCGAUCCCACUGAACUGCUACCGUACUACCAGGACUUCAUCCUGCGGACGCUGGCGUAUGUGGGCGUGGUCAAUGGAGCAUUGGAAGCGGCCAGCGAAACACCCGCUCUGGAGAAGUUCUGGCGGGUGCUGGCCAACCAUGCCCACGAUGUCCUGGACAACGCCAUCGGUCUGUUGGCGCCAGAGCACUUCAUCAGCGUGAUCACCGAGCUGCUGCAGCACGACCACGUCUAUGUGCGCAUCAAGGUGCUGGAACUGCUGGUGACCAAGCUGGGUCCCACGUCCGAUGACUUCCAGCUGUGCGCCGCCGAACACUUUGGCGUGCUCUUUGCGCCGCUGCAGCAGAUUAUCAACGACGUCCUGGAAGACGGCCCCAGCAGUGGGCAGCAGGCGAAGCUGCAGCAGACCGCGCUGCAAGCCCUGCAGCUUUUGGCCCACCGCCACGGUCGCGAGUUCGUCGAGGAGUGCCGCUCCCUGCUGGCCACUCUCACCAAGAUCACCAAGCGGCGGGCCAGUGUGCCCAAGGCCGUCCUGGGCAACGUGGUGCUCACUCUCGUCGAGAUCUGCGCCAGUCUCAAGGCCCACGCCCUCGCCCAACUGCCCAAGUUCGCGCCCCAGCUCACGGAGCUUCUGAAGGAGCAGGUUCACCAGAUGGCCACGAUCAAGCAGGGACCCGACUACGUCUGCUCCACCCUCGUGACAGCUUUGCACAAGCUGUUCAAGGCAUUGCCGCUCUUCCUGGGACCCUACUUGGUGGACAUCAUCGCGGGCCUGGCGCGCCUCUCAGUGCAGUUGGACCAUCCGCUGCUGCUGCAGGACAAGCGCGCCCAGGCUCUGAAGCUUCGACUUGCGGACGUUUGGACUGCGGUGGCUCAGGGCGUGGAGGUGCGCAUCCUUGUGCCCAGCUGCGCCAAGGGCUUUUCCUGCCUGCUGGAGCAGCAAGCCUACGACGAGCUGGGUCAUCUGAUGCAGCACCUCCUGCUGCAGAGCAUCCGGCACAACACAGCGGCGCAACUGCAACCGGUGCAGGAUUCUCUAAGCGAGCUGUUUCUCCAGGCGCUGGACUUCCGGCUACUCGUGCGUGGACGCGGCCUGCAAAGGCAACUGGUUUCGGACGUGGAAGCGGCUGUGGCCGAGACCUUCGUGACCUGGAUCCUAAAGCUGUCCGAGACGAGCUUUCGACCCAUGUACGCCAGGGUCCACAAGUGGGCGUUGGAGAGCAGCUCCAGGGAGACGCGCCUUACCUACUUCCUGCUGACCAACCGGAUCGCCGAGGCCCUCAAGUCGCUGUUUGUACUCUUUGCCAGCGAAUUUGUCGAAGACUCCUCCCGAUUGCUGGCGGAGCACAACUCCCUCCAUCCGGAGUUUGAAGCCGGCGAGCCGGAAGAUGAUGUAGAGCUGUUGACGGCUAUAUUGAACACCCUGCAUCACGUUUUCAUGUACUGCAGCGAGGACUUCAUCAACGAGCAUCGCUUCAACGCACUGAUGCCGCCGCUGGUCAACCAGUUGGAGAACGACCUCGUCCUCGGAAGUGAACCUCUGCAGCAGGUGCUCAGCAACAGCAUUGCCCAGCUGGCGGUGGCCACCAACGAUGUGAUGUGGAAGCAGCUGAACAGCCAAGUGCUCCUGAAGACCCGCACCCCCAAUCCGGAAGUGAGGAUUCUGGCCUUCAGCACCUGCGUGGCCAUCGCCCGCAAGCUGGGCGAGAGUUACGCCCCUCUGCUGCCGGAGACUGUUCCCUUCAUCGCCGAACUGCUGGAGGACGAGCACCAGCGCGUGGAGAAGAGCACACGCAGCGCGGUGCAGGAGCUGGAGACUAUUCUGGGUGAGCCGGUGCAAAAGUACCUUUAAGUAGGCAAAAGCGAACAUUUCUGUAACUGAAAUGGUAAUUACAUACUCCCAUGUGGACAUAAAAUAAUGUUUUUCAAUAAAAAACAAAA